AGUGCAAGAGGGAGCUCCUCGUGCCGCUUGAGAAGUCUUCGAAAUGGGAGGAGUCAAAAUCAAUGGGUAUUUUAGUGUAAUUGAAACAACAAUCUCAACCAACAAUCCACUUAGCUUUUUGUUGCAGCCGCCGUGUUUGUGUUGUGCUUCACAACAAUAGACAAUCUCAUGAGAAACGGACGUGCUUCGGGAGUGCUUAUUCUUAAGAUAGUUAUGCAAGAGUGUCACGAGAAUUUUAAGUGAGUCCAAACUUGUGUCUUGUGAAAAGAUGUGCAGAGUGAUUCUGGAGAAAGUUCCAAAGUGCUGGGAUUACCGAAAGUGUCGAAGGGAUAAAAAUUGAAAAAAAAAGUUAUGAAUAGUGUUAACAAUAGAUGGUGCUCUUUAAACAUCACUGAGUGAUUGGAAGAGACAGACAAAAAAAAAUAAUGGACAUUGUCGUGUAGUGAAAGAUGAGUUCAUUCCUGAUGGGUUACCCACAUCAUAUUCAGAGCCCCAUGGGCACAACAAUUGAACCAAAGUUCCCACCAAACGAAGAGUACCAUCAUCAUCAUCAUCACAAUGGCUAUGCGUCCAUGGGGACGCCGGCUGUCCAGAACACCAGCGACUAUCUGCACCAUCAGAACAAUUCGCUGCACCAGAACUCGGGUAACUUCAACUAUGCCCAGAGCAUCGGUGGGCACUUCUAUCACCAUCACCAUGGCUAUGGGGCAUCACCGGCCCAAAUGCCUACUGCCCAGAGCAAUUCCUAUUCCCCGGCGGCCGGUGCUCCCGUCACAUCCGGUGGCGGCUACUACGGAGGCUACUAUGGCACCUCCACCCCAAGCCACCAUCAAAUGAUGGAUCUUCCCAUUCAGUGCCCCAACACAGAGCCCACCAAUACUGCUCUGGGCCUUCAGGAACUCGGUCUGAGACUUGAGCGACGAAUCGAGGAAGCUGUUCCCGCUGGCCAGCAACUCCAGGAAUUGGGAAUGCGACUGAGGUGUGAUGACACAAGUUCUGAGCACGAUGACCUUCUCGAUGAGGAUCGCCUGAUGCUGGAUAGAUCACCAGACGAGAUGGGUUCUCAUGGGAAUGACAUGGAUGAUCUGGGGGAUUCGGAUUCAGAGGCAGGUGAUGAUGCCAAUGAAACCACAACGGAUGGCGAAAGAAUCAUCUAUCCAUGGAUGAAGAAGAUUCAUGUUGCUGGAGUUGCCAAUGGCUCCUAUCAGCCCGGAAUGGAGCCAAAGAGACAACGAACCGCCUACACCCGCCACCAAAUUCUCGAACUGGAGAAAGAGUUCCACUACAAUCGAUACUUGACUCGGCGACGACGCAUCGAGAUCGCCCAUACUCUAGUCCUAUCUGAGCGACAAAUAAAAAUAUGGUUUCAAAAUCGACGGAUGAAGUGGAAAAAGGAUAAUAAAUUGCCAAAUACGAAGAAUGUGCGCAAGAAGAACGACGCCAAUGGGACGGGUAAGAAGACGAAGAGGAAUACAGCCAACAAAAAGCAACAGCAGCAGCAGCAAACUAUUCAGAAUGAGUGCUUGCGUUCUGAGAGUUUGGAAAGCAUGGGUGACGUCACGACGUCCCUCAGCAGUGCCCCCUACAUCCCAGCAGCUGACAUGGCGGGCCUCAUGGGGCAGCAGCAGCCACCCCUGCACGCCCAUCCACCCACCUCGUCCACCGCCAAUGGGUCCUUUAUGCAGCAGAGCCAGCAGAACCUCAACCCCAACAACCUCAACAUCAAGAGUGACUACGACCUCACGGCCCUGUAGAGGACCUCCAGUGUGAUCUUGCCCCCAAGGUUUUGUACAUAUAGCAUUGACCCUAAAGCUGCGCAGGUGGGGCAUUGUCUAGGAUAUUAGAGUGUAAGUUGGGUAAAUAUUCUAGUGUUAAGUGAACAAUUAAGUCUGUCUUGAACGUAUUACCUUCCCCUAAAUUCUUAUUAAGGGUAUGAACAUAGGAAGUGCUAUUCGGUUGAUGGUUGAACCUUGUUCUAAACGGUGGAUGGAUUGAAAUAACCCUUUUACGAAAUUUUCACCUUCGAUUUUACUCACAGAAUUCAAAGAACAUUUCUUGGAAAAAUAAUUAAUUUCUAAUUAAUUAUUUAAUUAAUUAGAAUUUACCCUUUGAUAUCUCAUACCGCUUAGAACACCUCAACCUAAUCUAAAUCGAAUAGUUCUUCCUGUAUAUAAAUUGUGUACAAAAGGUCUGUAGGUUGUUAGUUUCCUUUCGCUGUAAAUUAUUCAUUCUUUGCCCAAAUUUGGGCUUAUUUCUCUUAGUUUUAGCAUCUUUUUCCCAUUUGAACCAGAGUACUGUGGACAGAAUAAUGUAAAUUCCAUACCCAUCCCAUCCUUUAUCUUCCUGACAACCUCCCCAAAAAUUGGUAAACUUUUUCUUCAUUCCAUCAUAGUAUUGCUAGUCUUAAGAAUUUCCCUUCUUUUUAGAAGUAUUUUCAACCACAGGAAAUGGUUCAAAGAUCAAUUCGGAAAUGCAGUGAAUUAGUUUGUAAGAUCCUCUCGCCUAAAGAUUUGGACAAAACAACCAAACCAGAUGCAAUUGUAAAGGGAAUUUUUCUGGGAGGCGAAUGACUUCUACUUCAUGUAAAUAUUCACCAAAAUUUAAGUAAAUACACCUUUCAAUUCUGAGAUAAAAGGAGUCUGAAUACUGCAUAAAGAUUUGAUAGUAAAAAAAAUAUUGUUAAUUCGUCUAAUUUUCCUUUUUAGACCCUUGAAAUUUGCUUUGAAACAUUUCAAAUUCAGCUGAGUUAUUAUAAUCGGAAGCAGCCAAAAUCCCGAAAGCCAAAAUCCCGGUACAUAAUCCUGAAAAAGAUGAAAUUAUUUGGAGGAUAAUGUGAAGAAUAAUUUCCCGAAACAUAGAAAAUUUCCCUUUGCCUCCAGCAAACGCGGGUGCAAUCGUGGGAGUAGCUAUGACACUUUUAAGAAUUCUGGAUUUUGGCUCAUUCGGGAUUUCGAAUUUCGGGAUUUUCGUGUUCGGAAUUUUGACUUUCGGGAUUUGGUCCGGAAUCCAUAAUAAUGACUCUUUAAACUUGAAUAUUUUAAUUCGAAAUUUUGUUCGAAAUAUAAAUCUCUCGGUAAGCAUGGCUCUAUUUAUUUUAGCCUAAUUUCGAGUUUAUGAUUUAUCUGAACCUUUUUUUUUUGAAAAUCUGGUGCAUUUUCUCGAUAUUAAAUAUAAACUGAGAUCUUCUCACAAAAUCCUAUAGUGAAUAAAUGGGUUUCAUAUAAAAAAUACGUACCGUAUAUCCGCUUGAAUUUCCUCUGCUGUUCGUCAGCUUUUCUUUAUUUCUUGCACUUAAGGAUGACCUAAAACACUGGUAGAACUAAAUGGAUCAAAUCGAUUAUUGUGAAAAGGAUGUAUCAAAUUUCGAACUUUGAAUACACAUUUAUCAUAUUAAAACACGUUAAUUUGACCCUUCCUUUGCAAAAGGAUCAAAUUUGGAUCAAUUUGAUCAUUUUAUUUUUACCAGUGAGUCUUCACCCUUCGGACAUGGUAAAUUGGAUCCAUGAAGAUCAUCUUCAAGUGCUAGAAUUAAAGAAAAGCUUUCGAUCAGAAGGGGAAAAGCAACCAAUGGAGGACAAAGUCACCCGCAUCUACGGUAUCUCACUUUCCUAUUCAAAUUUUUAUCACUAGGCAUUUAAAAGUCCUUAUCAAUUUUUAAGUAUUUAUAUCUAAAAAUAAAUUAUUGACUUCCAUAACUUCGAGCACACGUUUGGAAAUAAAAAAUUUAAAAAAUUUAAAAAAUUAAGAAUUAUAACAGACGCAGAGACUUUUUAACCGAGGAACAAACCAUAAUUUAAAAUAAAAAUUAUAUUGAACUGAAUUUAGUUUGUUGUGAUGUUCAAAAGAAGAAGAAGAAGAGUGCGCAAGAGUAGGGUAGACAUAUACAAAAUAUUUGAGAAAGGAA